AUGCUGGCUGGCGCCCAACACAAUGCCCUGGAUGCAUUGCUCCAUGCCGUGCUGGCUGGUGCAGUACUGCCAGUGCGCCGACUGGCGCGCAGGGUGCCGCAGAGGGCGCAGCAGUUUGGCGGCAAGGACUGGAAGCGCGCGGUCGCGACCGCCGUGCUGGCCGCCGCGCUGGCUGCCUCAUCCAUCACCGUCGGGCCCGCCGUGCUUUCGCCCGGCGCACGAGCGGCGCUGCCCGCGCUUCGGGUCGAGCGGAGCGCCGCGCUGGCGCUGAGCGAGGAGCAGGCGCUGGUGCAGGAUGUGUGGCGCGAGGUGAGCAAGCAGUACGUGGACGGCAGCUUCAACGGGCUCGGCGCGGAUGGCUGGAAGGCCAAGCAGAGCGAGGCGCUGCGGGGCCUCGCGGGCAAGCAGGGCGGCAUGGGCGAGGCGUACGACGCGAUUCGAGAGAUGCUCCGCGCGCUCGGCGACCCGUACACGCGCUUCCUCGACCCGGAACAGUACGACGCGCUCGUGAGCAACUACGCGCGCGGCGACGGCGCGGGGAUCGGGGUGCAGCUGCAGCUCGACCCGCAGACCGGCACCGUGGUGGUGCUGCAGGCGGUGGCGGGCGGCCCGGCGGCGCUCGGCGGCGUGCUGCCCGGCGACGAGCUGCUGCGCGUGGACGGCGAGAGCGUGGAGGGCGCCACCGCCGAGGUGUGCGCCGCCCUGAUCCGCGGCGAGGCGGGCAGCGAGGUGCGGCUUGCGGUGCGGCACCCGGGCGGCGGCGCGAGCGGCGGCGGCGGCGUGGCGGAGCUGCCUCUCGAGCGUGCGCGGGUGAGCGCCAACGCGGUGGAGAAGGGCUCCCUCCUGCUGGCGGGCGGCAAGCGGGCGGGGCUGGUUCGCAUCUCGGCCUUCACGCAGGAGACGGCCGCGCAACUGGUGCGGGCGGUGCGCGACGUGUCGCCCGGCGCAGAGGCGCUGGUGAUCGACCUGCGCGGCAACGCGGGCGGGUACCUGCCUGCGGGCGUCGAGGCGGCGCGGCUCUUCCUGCCGCCCAACGCAAAGGUGGUCUCCGAGGUGCGGCGCGACGGAGUGGCUGAGGUCUUCUUCUCGGAGGGCGUCGGCUCGGAGACGCGGCUGCCUCUCUACCUGCUCGUCGACGGCCGCACCGCCAGCGCCUCCGAGGUCAUGGCCGCCGCGCUGCAGGACAACCGGCGCGCGACGCUGGUGGGGCCGGGCCGCACGUUUGGCAAGGGGCGCAUCCAAAACGUGCAGCGGCUGGUGGGCGGGAGUGGCGUGUCGGUCACCAAGGCGCGGUACGUGACGCCGGCUGGCCGCGACAUCCACGGCGUGGGGCUGCUGCCCGACGUCGUCUCGGCCGCUUGCGGCGCAGCCGACAGCGCGGCGGCCUGCAUGGCGGGGGUGAGGGUGUCGAGCACAGACGUGCAGUCAGGAGCCGCUUCGCCAAAGGCGCUCUAG